AUGGGGCGUAGAGUUGAGUUUCUUGAGGACCAUCCCCGUUUGGAGAGGGUGGUUCGUGCAGUCCGCCCAUACAUACCGCCGCUCAACUUCAUUACGCUACACUAUGCUUAUUUUAUAUCUGUCACUCUUCUUACCUCGGUCGUCUUCUGGGGGUCCUCGAACCCGAAAUACAGCAUCUCGUACACCGACAGCCUGUUCCUCGUCAUCUCGGCUAUGACAGAAGCGGGGUUGAACACGGUCAACUUGAGCCAGAUGACCACCUUCCAACAGUUCAUUCUGUGGUUUCUCAUCAUCAUUGGCAGUUCUGUUUGGGUCUCAAUCUGGACAGUGGCAGCGCGCAAGCACGUCUUUGAGUCACGUUUUCAGGAUAUCGUGCGCAGGUCGCAAGUGAAGGAAACACCACCGGCGCCAAUGGACAGACGGAGGACACUGGCGGUGGAUCUGCCACUGAUGCAGAAGAUCAGGAGUAUGGGCGCGAGCAAGACUCUCCCACUGACGGAUGAAAUGGCGUCGAACGAUGAGCCUCGGGAUGGCCCGGAGAACGGCCCAGGUGCUUAUCGUGAUCUGGACACAUCCUCUGGGUAUGCUUCGGCGCAAGGACUACGAGGCAAUGAUCAUAUCGCCUUCGCAUCCGACGUUGAAGCAGCCCCACGGUUCAAGGCUAGCUCCACGGGGUUUAAUCAAGGCAGCGGCGCUGUACGCCGACACGUGCCAACCGUCGACGGCGCUGAUGAUGUCGACCCGGACCUAGGAAAACUACGUCGUCAUCUGAAUGACCACAACUUCCUGACGUCCCAGAAGGUCGGACGGAAUGCGCAGUUUCACGACCUCACCAGUGAGGAGCGCGAACUGCUCGGCGGCACCGAAUACCGCGCCCUCAAGGUCCUGUUCUACAUUGUCCCGGCAUACUCUAUAUUAUGGCAAGUUUUGGGAUGUGUUGCCCUCGGGGCAUGGAUUGCCAAUAACCAACCCGAGCCCGCUCGGGAAAAUGGUAUGAGCCCCUGGUGGAAUGGCAUAUUCAAUGGCGUCUCGGCUUUCAACAACUCGGGCAUGAACGUGCUUGAUGCAAACAUGAUACCCUACGGUAGCUCAUACUUUGUUCUCAUUACUAUGGGCGCCAUGAUCUUGGCCGGAAAUACGGCGUUACCGGUCUUUCUCAGGCUUUGGCUGUGGGCUAUUCUGAAGGCCCUGAAUUUGUUGACGUAUGAGGAUGUUUGUGAAGACACGAAGCAUACACUUGCGUACAUUCUGAAAUACCCGCGCAGGGUGUAUACUAACCUGUUCCCCUCAAGAACUACUUGGUGGUUGGUUUUCAUGCUUGUGCUACUGAAUGGCAUCGAUUGGGUCGGCUUUGAAAUAUUAAAUCUGGGAAAUCCAAGUCUGGCACACAUCCCCGUCGGCUCCCGCAUCAUCGACGGCCUGUUCCAAGCUAUCGCUGUGCGCUCGGGAGGCUUCUACGUGGUGUCCAUCCCCACCCUCUAUAUCGGCCUUCAAGUUCUUUACGUAAUCAUGAUGUACAUAUCCGUCUACCCCGUAGUAAUCACCAUGCGUCACUCCAACGUCUACGAAGAACGCUCCCUGGGCAUCUACGACGAAGACCCGCAAAUCGCCGCGCAGUCCUGGGCAGGCAGCACCGGCCUCAGCACUGUCUUGGGCUCCGCAAGUACCACGGCCGUCGCCAAAGCGCCCAUCAACGUCUUCCAGCGCGCCCUUCGCCGCACGUUGAGCGAGUGGCACGGCGUCGGCGCCGCCCGGCACCACAGCACCACAGACGGCGAGGCGGAGAGCAGGAUUGGUUUUAUUAGUCACCAGAUCCGCGGCCAGCUGACGCACGAUCUGUGGUGGCUUGUUGUGGCCGUGUUUAUCAUCGUUACUAUCGAGACGCACCAUUUUCUCGAGGACCCGGUUAAUUGGUCUGUGUUUAAUAUUGUAUUUGAGGUCGUUUCCGCGUACGGGUGCGUGGGGAUCUCGGUAGGCGUGCCGACGAACUCGUAUAGUUUCAGUGGGGGGUGGUAUAAGGGGAGUAAGUUAAUACUGUGCUUGGUUAUGUUGAGGGGGAGACAUCGAGGUUUGCCCGUCGCGCUGGAUCGGGCGGUGAGGUUGCCUGGGGAUGAUUUGAUUAGGGAUGAUGAGGAUGAUCAUCGGAUUAGGACGAGCAUGUCGAUGAGGAGGCUUAGUGAUGAUGGGAGGAUGUGA